AUGACGUGGCCGCGCUGGCUCCGUCGAGCGGUGGGGAACCGACACCGCCACGCCAUCGAGCAGUCGCGUUGAUGGCGUGAAGGUCGACGCGUCGAUUCAGGAGGAAAGCGCCGUAAAUUUGAUUUCCACACAGACACGAGCCAGAAGGCGACGACCGCGACGUCCGCCGCCCGACAGUCGGGGAGACAGCAGGCGCGCGCGCUGUUUAAAAUGGGACCUCUGUCCGCCGGCGCCCGCGGCCCGGGGCUCUCGGACUGGAUCGUCGCGUCCGAGGUCUCCUCGUCCAUGCCUGUGCGGAAAUCAAAAUUUUACGGCGCGUUCGUGUUGAAUCGUCGCGUCGACCUGCACGCCAUCGACGCGACGCCUGCUCAACGGCGUGGCGAUGCCGGUUCCUCACCGCUCGACCGAGCUAGGACGGCCGGGUCGUCGCCGAGGAAUGACUUAGUGAAGAAUUGUCGGGCGCACCCGACGCACUGCUUGAUUUCCACACAGGUCCAUGCUAA